CGAUAGAGUGCGUGCAUCGAGCUGCCGAACUGCCGACUGCCGAGGGGUACUCGAGGUGCUGAGUUGGCAGUCUUGACAAGGCAGUUCUCCCGCUAACUGUUGAUUUGCAUGUGUCCGUGCACAUUUGCAGCGCGAGCCCGGAUAAUGUUACGAAUGAAUGUACUUAAACGGUCUAUCAUUUAAAAUAACUCCGUAGUACUUAAUGAGCGAUGAGCGGUCAAAAGUUUCAGUAUGACGAGAGCGGAGGGACGUUCUUUUACUUUCUGCUCUCGUUCUUGGCGUUACUGCUGGUACCCGGGACCUACUACCUCUGGCCACGUUGCCCGAAACAAGAUCCUGAUCAGUUAGCCAAAGAAUGCCAGUGCGAUGGAUGCAAAAAGAAAAAAAUUAUUCUUCAAGCAAAUAAACCUUGGAAGGAAACUAAGGCUUUUUUUAUGAAAUUUUUAAUCAUUCUGGGAUGGGCCAUCUUGAUAUUCUUAGCAUAUAAAGUGUCUCAGUUUGAUUAUGAAAUGGCCAAUUUUGAUCCAUAUGAAAUACUAAAUGUACCAGCUGGUUCUUCGCAAAGUGAAAUUAGGAAAGCUUAUCGUAGGCUUUCAUUAAUUCUUCAUCCUGAUAAAGAAACUGGAAAUGGAAAAGCUUUUAUGAAGUUAACUAAAGCUUAUCAAGCUUUAACGGAUGAUGAAGCGCGAAAAAAUUGGGAAAAAUAUGGAAAUCCAGAUGGUCCAGGGGCAAUGAGUUUUGGUAUAGCUUUACCUUCCUGGAUUGUUGAAAAAGAGAAUUCUGUGUGGGUCUUGGGAUUAUAUGCAUUAGUGUUCAUGGUUGCUUUACCAACGAUUGUAGGAAUGUGGUGGUACAAGAGCAUUCGCUACACUGGUGAUCAAGUUCUUAUGACAACAACUGAGCUCUAUUAUGUUUUCUUUGUGAAAACACCAUCUAUGUCAUUGAAGAGAGUGAUCAUGAUACUUGCUGCUUCUUUUGAAUUUUUUAAGAAACGCAAUGCAGAAAUUGUUGAAAGACAUACUGAUAUUGAAGAAGUUCCUGCGCUUAUCAAGCAGUUGCCCAAUUUGGGAGAGAAAAACAGAGAAGUACCACUAUGCCAUUUGUAUUCAAUUAAAGCUAGAGCCUUACUGCACGCACAUUUAUCACGUAUACCGCUCAAUCCUGAGACACUAGAUAAAGACAGACAGUAUAUUGUAAGAAAAUGUCCAUAUUUGAUUCAAGAAAUGGUUGCCUGUGUCCAUCAAGUAAUACUUUUAGCUUAUGCUGGAAGAGUACCACGGGUGCCAACUAUAUCAACUAUAGAGAAUUGUAUGAAAUUGUGUCCAAUGAUUGUUCAAGGAUUCUGGGAAUUUAAAAACCCUCUCCUUCAAUUACCACAUAUAACUGAGGAAAAUUUAAAAUACUUCCAUGCAAAGAAGCGUCAAAUCAAAAGUCUUCAACAAUUUGCACAAUUGAAAGGAGAAGAACGAAGACUGAUACUUAGAAAUUUGUCAGACAGUCAAUAUGAAGAUGUUAUGAAAGUUCUCGGAAAUAUGCCGUACAUAGAUUUCAAAGUACGAUCUGAAGUAAUCGAUGAUGAGAAUCCUACAGUCUACACUGCAGGUGCUAUCGUAACUGUAACGGUAUCAUUAACGCGAAAAGAUAUGAGACAUCUUUUUGGAGAUGAUUCCAUCAAUGAACAAACAAUGAUUGAUGAAAAUAAAGCUGGAGGUGAAGCAAUCGAUGAGGCCUCAGAAGAACAAAACCACUCGACAAAAGCUGCAAAACCGGCAUGGCUUAAACAAAAAAAAGGUCAAAAGAAGUCACAUAAAAAAGGAACCAACAAGAAACCUGCUCCUGUUAAAAAUAUACAGGCGCAGUCCCAGACUGUGGCCAAUAAUAUUCAACAUAGUAAUACUCCUAAUGCAAGAAAAAAGGAUGAUAAGAUGGAGAAAGAGUCUUCCAAGGAAAAGCUGUCCGACGUCAGUGACAGUGAAGCCGAGAGCGAGAGAAGUGACGACGAAGAUAGUCAUGACAAGAAGGACGUGUCUUUUGAGGACGACGAUACAGAAUGGGAAAAAUUCCAACAAAGAAUCUCCAAGAGGGAAAGGGUAUUAGAGGGUAGGAGUAAUCUAUCGCAUGAAGUGCAUUGCCCGCUUUUUCCCGAUGUUAAGCAAGAAUAUUGGUGGGUCUAUAUCUGUGAUCGCAAAAGUCAAACGUUGUUAACAAUCCCUAUACACGUCACGUCCUUAGCACACUUCGAAGAAGUGCAACUAAGAUUCACGGCACCACGUUGGCCAGGGUUGUAUACAUUUACCGUGUGUUUACGUAGCGAUUCGUAUCUGGGUUUCGAUCAAGCUCAAGAUAUCAAAUUGGACGUAAAGGAAGCACCAGAAGUACCGACCGAGCAUCCACAAUGGGAUAUUUCGGACGAAGAAACUGCAGAGGAUGUAGAUGCAGCUGAUGAACAUUCCGAGUUCACGACUGACGAGGAUAUUAGUGACAAUGAAUAAUAUCUAUCUCAAAUGUGAUUGGAAUAGAUAUUCUAAAAGUCCGCAUUUUCCUCUUUUUUUACAUUCUCGAAUUUAAUGUACAAUGGACUUUUAUACACAGAAUUGCAUAAUCGUUGAUGUAUGUGGACAAUCUAGGAAAAAUAGUCUGGUGUGUAAAAUUUGUCAGUGUGGAGAAAGUAAUAGCGAAUAAAGAACAUAAUAUUUA